AUUCAUAGAGCUCGUGUAUUUCAACGGAGAUCCAGCUCUGGGUCAAUCAAUCUGGAGACACGGGGGCUGAGAAAAGGGGGAGACACAGAGGACGCAACGAGCAUGUUUCAUGAAUAGCAAUGCUAUUCCAAGCAACGAUCUGGGUGUUAUGUCACAGUGCCUGGUGGCCUGUCGGGCACGGACACGGGCAGCUCAUACCGGUGUGGCGGCUGUUGAGCUGGCAGCAGGCGCGGCAGUACUGCCAGAUGCACUUUGUGGAUCUGGUGGUUGCAAACACUGAAGAGCAGCUGUGCACCUUGCUUGAAAAUGUUGAGCGUGAGACCGGGAGCUUCUGGAUUGGGCUGCACUAUAGGGAGCCGAGCGGCUGGAACUGGGUGGAUGGAAAGGCCUUGACCUACAGCCCGUGGUACAGGCCUAGUCGCCACGGAGACUGCGGCACCAUUGAAACCAGUCUGAUGGGAGCUCAGAAGCUCCUCCCGCGAAUCUGCAUGGAGAAGCGACCCUUCCUCUGCCAGGGGCCUGUUCCUCCGCUCGAAAUCGAAGUCAGCUUUGUGGGGACGGCCUGCGUGAGCCUGAGCUGGCCCAGACCUGCCCCCAUGCAGGGUGUCCAGUACAGCUUCAACGUGAGCUACAUCUCUGCCUCUCAGGGGAGCCGCACGUCCUACUUGUCAAACUCCAGCUCCACCGUAAUCUGUGACCUGACUGCUGGAGACACAUACAACUUCUCAGUGUCCACCGUCAUGAGGAGGGCUACUCAGAGUGACCCAGUCUCUGUCAGUGUCCUUAUGCGCUUGGACCCGCCAGUGAAUGUAAUGGUGGAAUCUAUCAGCUCAAACUCUGUGACUCUUAGCUGGAGUUCAGGAACCAACAAGUCAUGCUUGUAUAAUGUGUCAUACUAUUCCCUUGAUGGCUCCGACUCUGGCUUUAGUGUGAGGCCCGAGCACAGCAGUCAUGUGACCAUUGGCAACCUUUGGUCACACACAGAGUACAUCGUCAGCGUCAUGGCUGUCAGCCUCUCAGGGGCCCAGAGUGUUCCUGUGACAGUCUUUCUCCUCACCUGUUCCUACAGUAUGACAUUGGCCGCCAUCAUAUCUCACAGUAUGCCAUUCGUUUCCUUCAUGCUGAUAUUAUGGCUACUCUAUCAGAUCUUUAAAACUACAAAAAACGAUGACUCACGACUGUGCUCACGAGAGACUAUGGUUGAUUUAAUCCACCAGUCAUCUUAGAUCUAUUUGUUUACUCUCUUCACUGGGAUCCCCGUCUACUAGUUACCUCAUUUGCUGUCACCAGCCUUAACCCUAAGUAUAACAUAUGAGUUGCACCCAGUUACACUGUGUAUAACCCAGAUUCAGUCGUGAAUGUAAAACUGAAUUUUGACCUGUAAUCGGUAACACCUCACUCGAGGGGGCACAAGUAAUGUACUAUUAUCCUAUUACUUAUAUAUUAAUUAACCACAAACUCAGUUAGUCUUAGUUAGUCUCAGAUACAUACUCAUGUCAUGAUCGAUCAUUGUUAAUGAAUCGUGAUGCAUCUAUGUCUCAAGCAAUUUACUACAUCUAUUCAUUCUGUAAACCUCCAUGAACUACUGAAGGAAGUAUUGAAGGGAUUACUGAAGGAACAAGUAUUUGUAACAAGUGAAAUAUUGAUCUCAUGUUAGUUCUUCAUUAAUGAAUCAUGAUGCAUCUUUCAUGUUAAGUGGCUGCUAUAUUUGCUCAUGAUUUGUACUUCAGUAAUAACUGAGUUACGACUAAGUAUUUGGGUCCCCUCAAGUAAAGUGUUACCCUGUUAUUGAACUGUUAGCUAUUCUUUUUGCACAAUAUUUCUUCUUGUUUUUUUUGCUGCUAGAAACCCAAACUGUACUGUGUAUUGCUAUGUAUGAAUGAGAUGGAGGCCCAGAGGGUCCCAUUGUCACCUCACACCUCUAGGGCUGGGGCUGGAACCCCAGCUUUGGUGUGGAGAGUUUGUACGUUUUCCCCAUGUUGCUUUGGCUUCCGCUGGGUUCUCUGGAUUCAUACCAUAGUCCCAUUGUAUUUAUGUUGACUGGCAUCUCUAAAUCUCUUAUAGUGUGUGCAUGCAUGUGACCUGUGAUAGACUGGGCGUACCUAAGCCUUGUCCCCUAUGCCUGGGUAGGCUCCCUGUGACUCUGACUAUGAUAAGUGGUUGGAAGAUGGAUGGGCCAAACCAAAGUACAGUGGAAACCGCUUAUAGUGAUCGCAGUUAUAGUGAUCAACCGCUAAUAUGGAUCAAAAAGCUUGGGACAGAAUCAUUCCGAUGAAAAUUCUGUUUCAAUAAUUCACUUAUUGUAAACAAGUAGUCCAUUUCCAAUGUUCAUUUUGGUUUUUUUUCCCAUACAUUUUGACAUAUGGAAAACCCUAACCCUAACCCUUGUGGUCUGCUUCUGCUAGCUACCUGAGGCUAAUUCUGCAUGCACAGAGAACAUGAUGGGAAAAAGAAAGUAAUUUUCUCUCUGUGACAAAGCUUAUGAUAAACUGCCAACAACGAGCCAACAAGAUGCAGCAGCUAAGCUACAAUAAGCUAUAUACAGUACUGUAUUAUUGCAUAUUGGAAUUAUACAGUUCACCAAUUUAAUUUGUAUGGUACUGUAAUCUGAAAAGUGUUAUAAACAGCUGUACUGUAUUUUGAAAGAAUCAGAAUGCUGUCCGUUUUAUUACAUUAUAUUCAUGUAAUAAAUACAUGAAUGUCAAUUAGAUGGUAAUCUGCCUGAGACAUAAGGAAAAAGAGAAGGCGAUAAUUAUCUGCUUAUAUCAGUCAGUUUCACCCAGACAGAUAUAAUUCCUAUUAGCGGUUUCCACUGUAAUUCUAAAGCUUUAUGAUCUACAGAAUGCUCUCUGUCGUAGGAUUCCACCUUUGCAAUAAGUCACUUUGUGAAAUUUCUUCCCUGCUAAAUAUUCCAUGGUCAGCUGUAAGUGGUAUUAUUGCAAAGUAGAAGCGUUUAGGAAUGAGGCUGAGCAGCUGCAUGCAAGCCUCACAUCCCCAAGUGCAAUGGCAAGCGUCGGAUGGAGUGGUGUAAAGCACGCUGCUACUGCACUCUGGAGCAAUGGAAACAUGUUCUGUGGAGUGAUGAAUUGCGCUUUUCUGUCUGGCCAUCUGAUGGAUGCGUCUGGGUUUACCGGAUGCUAGGAGAUCAUUAACUGCCUGACUUUAUUGUACCUGUAAAGUUUAGUGGAAGAAGGAUAAUGGUAUGGGGUGUUUUUCAGGGCUUGGACUAGGCCCCUUUGUUCCAAAGAAGGGAACUCUUAAUGCUUCAGCAUGCCAAGACAUUUUAGACAAUUCUAUGCUUCCAGUCUAGGGAAAGCCCUUUUCUGUUCCAGCAUGUCUGUGCCCCAGUGCAUAAAGCAAGGUCCAUAAAGACAUUGUUGGGUGAGUUUGGUGUGGAAGAACUUGACUGGCCCACACAGAGCCUUGACCUCAACUGCGAUGACCACCUUUGGGAUGCACCAGAAUGGAGACUGCAAGCCAGGCCUUCAUGUCCAACGUGCCUGACCUCGCAAAUGAUAUUCUGGAUGAAUGGGAAAAAUUUCAACAGUUGCACUCCAAAAUCUUGUGGAAAGCCUUCAGAGAAGAGUGGCACCUGCAAAGGGGGGACCAACUCCAUAUUGAUGUCUAUGUAUUCAGAAUGGGAUGUUAUAAAAGUUCCUGUAGGUGUAAUGGCCAGGUGUUACAAUACUUUUGUCCAUAUAGUGCAUAUUUAAAAUCCAAAAAAAGUGUGGGUUGAAUUACCUGUACUGCUUAUUUUUUGGACCAGUAUUACGCUACUUCUUGCCUGUCAUAAUACAGCCAAUUGCAGAUGAGGCAAAAGCUGAGGAUGAUGUCAUGCCCAGCAUCAUAUCUGGAAAACAUAUUUAUUCAAUUUAAUGUUAUUCUCGCUACAAUACCUGGAUGAGGUUUUCAUUGAAACCAUUUGAGACGUACACAUUCUCAGAAGUUUUCUUAAGAAGAUUUUGUAUAACUUUUUCUGUGAGAGAUAUAAGCUAAAAAAAAGACAUAAAAAAAUAAACAGUAAAAUAUAAAAAAGAAAAAAAAAUUAUAUUCUUUGUUUUGGGGGUGUCAUGGUGGGGCUGUGGUUAGCAUUGCUGUCUCACACUACUGGGACCUGGCUUCAUGUGUGUAGAGUUUGCAUGCUCUUCCCAAGUCAUCGUAGAAUUUCCUCCAGGUACCAGUUUCCCCCCACAGUCCAAAAAUCAUACUGAGGUUAAUUGGAGUUACCGAAUUGCCCGUAGGUGUGCAUGUGUGAGUGAAUGGUGUGUGAGUGAAUGGUGUGUGAGUGAAUGGUGUGUGAGUGUGCCCUGUGAUGGGUUAGCACCCCACCUUGGAUUGUUCCCUGCCUUGUGCCCAUAGCCUCCAGGAUAGGCUCCAGGCCCCUCAUAAUCGUGAAUUAGACAAGCAGUUACAGAAAAUGGACGGAUGGGAUUUUUUGCGUAGCUUUUUUGGUACAUUGUAUCCCUUUAGUAGCAAAGAAACCCUAAUAUCCUAUAA